UCGGCCGCUCGGGUUCCUCAGGUUUCGCUGCGCGGCGGCCGAGGCGCAGGCGGAGGCGAGGCCGAGGCGCGGGAGCGCCGUGCCGCGCGGGCCCCUCCCGUUCGCCAGCCGCCGCCCGGGCGGGCCUUCGCAGCGUGCUCCAUGCAUCCGGAGCCCGCCCCGCCCCCGCCCAGCAGCAGCAGCCCCGAGCUUCCCCUCGCCAGCGGCGGCCGCGGCAGCUCCCCCCCGACCAGCGGCAGCCGCCGGAGCCGCCGCCGCAGCGGGGACGCCGCCGAGCCGCCCGGGGCCUCCCCGCCGCCGCCGCCGCCGCCGCUGCCCGGGGCUGCCGCCGUCUCGUACCCGGAGUGGGUGGGCCACAGCUACCAGGAGGUGAUGAGCCUCAACGAGCACUCCAUGCAGGCGCUGUCCUGGCGCAAGCUCUACCUGAGCCGGGCCAAGCUCAAAGCCUCCAGCCGGACGUCGGCGCUGCUCUCGGGCUUCGCCAUGGUGGCCAUGGUGGAGGUGCAGCUGGAUGCCAGCCACGACUACCCGCCAGGGCUGCUCAUCGCCUUCAGCGCCUGUACCACAGUGCUGGUGGCUGUGCACCUGUUUGCGCUGAUGAUUAGCACCUGCAUCCUGCCCAACAUCGAGGCAGUCAGCAACGUGCAUAACCUCAACUCGGUCAAAGAGUCGCCCCACGAGCGCAUGCACCGCCACAUCGAGCUGGCCUGGGCCUUCUCCACGGUCAUCGGCACCCUGCUCUUCCUGGCCGAGGUGGUCCUGCUCUGCUGGGUCAAGUUCCUGCCCCUCAAGAGGCAACCCGAGCAGCCUCCGCCCAGCAAGUCCCCUUCCUCGGCCCAGGCGUCCUCCAACGCCAGCUUCACCCCCGGCCAGGAGGCCGCCAUCGCCUCCACCACCAUCAUGGUCCCCUUUGGCCUGGUCUUCAUCGUCUUUGCCGUCCACUUUUACCGUUCACUGGUCAGCCACAAGACCGACAGGCAGUUCCAGGAGCUGAAUGAGCUGGCCGAGUUUGCCCGGCUGCAGGACCAGCUGGACCACAGAGGGGAUCACCCCCUGACCCCCGGCAGCCAUUUUGCAUAAUGCCCCUUCCCCACGCCGUGUCCCGGAGCCAGGAGGGAGUAGGGGACAGUGUGGGCUAGCCUGUGGCUGCAGUGUGGGCUAGCCUGUGACAGCGGUGUGCGCUCGAAAGCUGUCCUGCCUUAAUAGUCUAAUUUGACUCCUCUCUCUGAUGCAGGAACCUGGAGGCUGAUUUUCUAGGGAGAUGAUUUGAGGAUGGGGCCUAGGACUUGUUGGGGAGUUAAAGACUUUUUACCCCCUUUUCCAGCCCUGCAUCCCUCCCUUGUGAUGGGGGAAGCACCGGCGGGUGGGUGGGCCAGAUCAGGGACAAUUCUCCCUCUGCCCCUUUUUUCCUGACCACCAUCCACAAAGUGCCAUCCGAUUCCUUGCCUCCAGACCCUCCUUGUUGAGCAAUGAGAGUGUGUGUAUGUGUGUGUGUGUGUGUGUGUGUGUGUGUGUGUGUGUGUGUGUACACACAAAAUAUACACUUACAGGGACUUGGCUUUGUGUGUCCAUGUUUGUUGGGCUGGGGGAGGCCAGUGUUCCAUUCGUGUUCUCUCUCUCCUCACUCACUUUACUUCCACCACAGCCCAGGCCUACGAGAAGCCCGGCUUUCUCGGGCUGUCCCAUGCUUUGCCCAGGCCCAGGGCAGAGUCCUGUGGACUGGAUGGUGGGACUCGUUCUCCUCAGGCAAUGGGGGGAAACUUCUUCAUUAAGGGGGAAGGGGGUCCUAGUUCCAGCUCUGCUAACUCAGGAGUGAUCUUGGGCUUCCCUUCAUGGCCUCAGUUUCCCCAUAUGUCAAAUGAAGGGCUUGGACUAAGGUUCUUUCCAGAAAGCUCUAAUAUUCACCACCCUCCUCUGCCUCAUCUCUCUGAGCAGUGGCCAGCCUCCCCAAGUGUUGGUUGGUGAUUUUAUACCUUUUUCUAUGAAAUGCACAAAUUUUACAAAGAGCCUUUAUUUUGAAAUAAACCCCAGUCUGCAAAGUCAAAGCAGUGUGUGUAUCAUGGUGGGACUGAGUGAAUCCCUAGGGAAAGGCUUCCCCCCCUCCCCAAUCCCAUGAGCAUAUGCUAGCCUGCCCCAUCUUCUCUCACUGGCAUGGACCAAAAGGGGAAGAGGAAGCUUUUCCAACAUUAUUCAGGCAGGAAGGCGGGAAGGAACAAACAUUUAUUCAGUGCCCACAACAUGCCAGACACUGUACUAAGUGCUUUACAAAUAGCUUAUUUGAUCCCGAGAAGGGGCUGGUGGUGUCUGGCUGUUCUUAGAGCUGGGCAUGAUUCAGGAUGACAGAUGGCUCUUGUGAAAACGAUCUUGGAGUCUCAGUGGACUGCCAGCAUGCUCAGUUCUGAUUCAUUCAGAUGACAUGGCAGCCCAAGGAUCUCUUGGGCUAUGUUAUUAAGGGGCACAGGCUCCAGAAUGUGGAAAUGAGAGUUCCCCUGCUCUAUAUUCUGCCCUGGUUAGCCCGUAGCUGGAGUACCUUCUCCAAUUCUGCCUUUGAGGAAAGAUACUGGCAUACCCGUUCACAGAGCAAGCUCACCAGAAGGGGCCAGGCUGCACAAGCCUCAUCUGAAAGAAUUGGGAAUGUUUAGCUUGGAGAAGAGCAGCCUUGGGGGGCAAAGAUUGUGGCUGGCUUCCAUGCUUGCCUAGGCUUGGAGAUUCUCACAAGGGCUUCUGGGGCGGGGGAAGGACGCAAGCUCCCUGCCAAGUGGUGCCAACACUGCAUCCCAGAAGAAGGGGGACGCCGGGAUAGCUCCCUCCGUUGGCCAGCGCAGAUCGGAGGCCCCUGUGGCAGGGGGGCUAGCAUUUAAAGGGCAGGGGGCCCUCAUUCCAGCCCCGGGGCCAGGCCAGGAGGUCUUUUUGAGGUGACCACAAUCCCUCCAUUGUGCUGAUUAAGCAAUUCCUUCCAAACUCGGGGCCUGAACAAGUGCAGCAUUCUCUGACAACUGAUUUUCAGAGCCCAGGAUGUGUUAGGAAAGGUUGAUGACCAAAUUUUUACUUGGAUUAAAGAAAAAUCCCACAAAGCACUUCACCAAAAGGGGUGUGGGGAGCAUAAGUCCCGACGAACAGAGCCCCCGGACUGGGAGCCUCCAGUUCUAGUCCUGCCCUCUGCUGCUAACUUGCUUUGUGACCUUGGCAAAUUAGUUGCCCUCUCUGAGCCAGUUUCCUCAUCUGUAAAAGAAGAACUAAGACUAGACGGCCUCUAAGGUGUUUCUAAGCUCUAAUGUUCCCUGUUCUAGAGCCUGUUUCUGUUCUGACCUCCCAGCCCUGACCUGUGUCCUAAGCCCCUUCCCAGCCCUCACUUCCUGUGUUCUAAGCCUCCUCCUAGUCCCAAACUAUGUUCCAAGCUCCCUCCCCAAUCCAGACUUCCUAUGUUCUAAGUCCCCCCUCCCCAGCCCUGGCUUCUUAUGUUCUAAGCUUCCUCCUCCCUUCCAGCCCUGACCUGUGUUCUAAGCCCCCUUGUGUCCCCAAACUAUGUUCUAAGCUUCCUCCCAGCCCUGACCUGUAUUCUAAGCUCCCUUCUGGCCCCAAACUGUUCUAAGUCCCCCUUCCCAGCCCCAACCUUCCAUGUUCUAAGCCUCCUCCCAGCCCUGAUCUGUGUUCUAAGCUCCCUCCUGGCCCCAAACUGUUCUAAGCCCCCCUCUCAGCCCCGACCUCCUGUGUCCUAGGGUCUCUCUCGGCCCUGGCCCUGGAAGAAGGAAGGUCUGGGUGGGGAUGCCAGGGCUGGGCAGCCGUACACAUGGCACAGACUAGUUUUGGAUGAGGUGAUUUACCCAGUCACCCAGUGAGUUGUUAAGCAGAGCUGGGAUGAAGCUUAGGUUCUCUGACUUCUCAUGCUCGUUCCUCUAAGACUGGAGAGCUGUCGGAAGAGAGUUUUCAGGCAUGGGGCUGGAACAGAAUUGCUCUGCCUAAGGUGGCGGAUGACCCCAGAUGCUGUGCCGCCAACCCUCUCUGGUCCGGCAGAACGGCUGGCUGGAGGGAGAGCGGUUUGCCGACACAUGCCGUUUCACCAGAGGACCUCCAACAGCUCCCUCCUCGGCAGAGAGCCUGGAUCCUUGGCUGCCUGCAGUUCACAGUCCCCUCCAUCCCCGCUCCCCAAAGCCCUUCAGAGGGAAUGAGGUGAGGGCAGACACAGGGCCCCUGGUUGCAUCUUCCCUUUAUCAGCUUGACCCACCCUGAAUGGCCUCCUCCCCCCAAGGGCCCGGAUGACUUGGCCUUGGGCAGGGGGGGCUCUUGACCAGCCCUUCCCUUGUUGCUUCUACUGAUUCAGCCCUUGUCAUUUCUUCUGCUGAUGGUUUCAAUCUUCCUCCUGGAUGAACAUGGCUACAGCAUCUUCCAGCACCUUAUCUGGAUUCAGCAGUUCAAUCUAGAGGGAAGUGGUGAGGCCCGGGGUCAGCAUGAGCCUGGCCUAGGUGAGGCGGGGGCUUGCCCCACUGCUUUCCUGGGAGCCGAGCUGCCCUCUCUGCCAGGCCCUGCCAACCCAACCCAGCUGUCUGGUGGAGAAGGCUGGCGGGGCCCUGUCUGAGUGCUCCAACAAAGGGCUCUUGUUUCUCCCUUGGCCGCCUGGCCCGGAUCUGGGUGUGUCCUGUCUCCCUCCUGUGGGAGGAGGGAUGGGGCUGAGCAAGGAGAGAGGCAGGUGACUUCUGGCUUUUGGCAGCCCCUGCCAAGGGCUUACAAGGUGAGCGGGCAGCUCGGCAGCUGGGAUUCUGAGCCCCGGCGUUUGGGUGCCUCCCAAAAGUAGAUGUGGAGACAGGCUGAAGCACAUCAACACAGCAGCCCACGAAGUGGUGAUUUGCCAAGAGUCAUAAAUCUGCCUUUUUAGGCAGGAUUCGAACCUAGGUCUUCCUGAUUUCCAAGCAAGGUGCCCUAGCCACUCACCAUACUGCCUUUCCACUUCAGUGGAACACAAAAUCAUAGACCAUGGGCUAGAAAGGGCAUCAGAAGCCAUCUAAACCAUCUCAACUUGCAGAAAAGGGAAAUUGAGGCCCGUUAGGGAUAAAUGACUUGGCCAAUGUCUGGCAGGCAAUAAGAAUCAGAAUCUGAAUUUGAACCCAGGCCCUUGAUCCAGAGCCUGUGCCCAUCCAUCCCACUGUACAUGCUGUGAGGUAGGCAGUACAAAUAUUUUAAAUCCCUCUUUUGCGUGACAGGGCUAGAGAAAUGAAGGUGACUUGAUGUAGGAAUUAAACCCAGGUUUCAGGGCGGGGGGGAGGGGUUGUUUGUUUAUUUUUCCACUGUAGCAUCCUGAUUGUCUUGUAUUCUGGGAGGGUAGCUACAGCCUCUAGAGAGGUGUGGGUGCUCAGGCAGAAAGGGGGAGCCUCCCUCAAAGCCGACUUGGCCACUGUUCCUAAAUAAAGCCUUUCCCCAACAUCGGCAUCUCAUCUCCUUGAAACAACGUUGUCAGACUUGGUCUACUUUGUAUUGGUGCUUGUGUGUGGAGAAGCUGAGGGCACCAAAUGUUUCACUUCUGAACUCCCGCCACCAAGAGCGUGCCUGGCACACAUUUUUAUGGUUGAGGGUGGGGGGAGGCCCAGAUCUGUGACUUUUAUCCCUCUAGGGAGCUUCCUUUGUGAAAACCCCCUCCACCAAUACAGAUUGUUAAUAAAUUUGACUCAGUUCUCUAUAUGUUUGAGAAAUGAGGCCUUCAUCCGA